AUGGAAAUCUACAGGCAGAACCAGAAGAGUACCAGAUGCUGGUCCACCUGUUUGGAUGUGUCUCGUCACCGAAUUGCGCUAAAGAAAACUGCUGAAGACUACAAAGCAGACUACCACACAUCAGUCAUUCAAACCGUAGGGAAAAGUUUCUACGUGGAUGACUGUCUUCACUCCACCCCUACAGAAGCAGAAGCAGUGAGACUAGCAACCGACCUUCGCGAGUUACUAGCGGGAGGAGGAUUUCGUCUCACAAAGUCUGAAAGAGCCACAUCAGUCAAAGAUCUUGAUUUCGAUCCUCAACUGAGAGAGAGAGAGCAUUGGGAGUUCAGUGGAACUUCAAUCUACGAUCCGCUUGGAUUCGUAUUUCCAAGCACUCUACCAUCGAAGGCAAUCCUCCAAGACCUUUGUCGCCAAGGGCUUGGAUGGGAUGACGAAAUCCCAGAUGCAGCAAAGGCUAAGUGGGAAACCAGGCUGCAAGAUCUACCCAAGCUUGAAGGUUUCUCUAUUCCCAGAUCCUUCAAGCAUCUGAACUCCGAAGAAAUCGAGGAAUAUGAGCAACAUCACUUUUCUGAUGCGUCAAGCACAGGAUAUGGCGCUGUCUCGUAUCUCCGACAAAUCUACGCCAAUGGCAAGUCAAGCUGCUUCCCUGUCAUGGCAGAAUCAAGACUGGCACCACUAAAAGCAAUGACGAUUCCAAGAAUAGAGUUGUCCGCCACUGUACUAGCCACUUGUCUAGACAAAAUGAUCACGCAAGAAAUCGACCUCCCACUAGCAAGGUCCACCUUCUGGACAGAUAGCACAUGCGUUAUUCGCUUCAUCGAAAACCGAGAAAAACGAUUUCAGUUCUUUGUGGCGAACAGAGUCGCCGCCAUUCUAGAUCAAUCCGAUCCAACGCAGUGGAGAUAUGUAGACACCGCAAACAACCCUGCUGAUAAAACUCCGAGAGGCAUGUCAGUAGAUCGGUUACUGCAAAAUGAGCGUUGGACACAGGGGCCGGCGUUCUUGGGACAAGCAGAAGAAACCUGCCCACAGCGACCCGCAAGUAUUUGCGAAAUUCAACCAGAUGACCCAGAAGUGAAAAAGAAUCGUCAGUCUUUGGGUCUAUGUCAAAAGAAGAAGACUCCUUCAGUCAGGUAUUCAACAAGUUUUCCUCCUGGGCAAGACUCGAGCGAGUAA